AUGGCGGGCAGUAAGAGUGAAGUCGUAGAUCUUUUAUAUUUUGACGAUGAAGAGAGUUCAGCUGAUGAAGAAAACGUAGAAUUAACCAGAGAAAACCUUUUUUGGAUUUUUUCUCUUAAAGGUAUGGAAUUUUUGAAAAAAAUUCUUAAAAUAAUAUCUUCGGGAAGUCAAAUAAGCGAAGCCAAGACGGCCCAAGCCAUUUUAGAUUUUAUGCAAAAUCAGUCUGAAACCAAUAAAAAGCCGAUCGAAAAUUUAUUGAAAGAAAUAUCCGUAUCUUUUGGCAAUUGCUACGAUAUGGUCGAGGGCAUAAAAUGUCCAAACCAGAAAGCAAUUAAGCUUGAAAAAUUGAUUUCUGCCUUGCCAAAAUCUAAUGAUUUAAUUGAAACGAAGUGGGAUUGUCUAAUAAACACUUUUGGCUUGGAAGCACCAUCCUUUAAAGUUUUAAAUCACAUUAUACAACAUUUUUGGAGCUGCACAAUUUUAAACGAGCCUCGUCACCGACCCACUAGAUCAAAUAAUGAUGAUGAUUUAUCCACUGAAUGCUCAACCACCGAAUGCUCAACAUCCACCGAAUGUUCAACAUCCACCGAGAGCUCAACAUCCACCAAAUCAUUGCCAAAUAUUGAGUUUGAGUCACUGAGGAAGCAUGCUGGUUGGGCCAUUAAACGUGCCAGAGAUUUGAUUCAAAGUGGACCUGCUACUUCAAAAGUUCAGGUCUCAAAAGCUGAUGACUCAUUUUGUGAGGUGAGCAAGAAGAAUCUUUUGGAUAUUUUUAAAGAUCUUGGGGAAGAUGUCCUUGUGCAACCUGGGAAGUAUUUAUUUAUACCCAAUGAGGAAGUGGUGCCUGUUUUCUUGUAUUUGCACUCUUCACUAGAGAAAAUGGUUAAAAGCAAUCUUGAAACAGAUGCCAGCAAAGAUGUUUUGAAAGAAUGCCUAGAAGCUUUGUGUGAAGAUAAAUGCUUGCGGGAUAUGUGGUAUGGUGCAUUGCAUCUAGGAAGUCCAGAAGAUCUGUCCUUAAAAGCAAGUUAUGUCUUGGUCCUUCAAAGAAUUGUGGUGAUGUUUGUCAAGUCAAAACAACAAAUAAUUCGCGAGCAACUUCAGCUGAAACCCAAAAAGCAAAGUUCAUCCUUGAGACAAUCUUUAAAGAAAGUGACCAAUAACAAAAAAGGAAAGGAUUUAAAAUCUGAAACUGAAGGAGAUGACAUUAUAUCAAAAUUGAGAAUGAACAUGGGCGAGCCUUUACAUGUUGUUGAUUUCUUAUCCAGUGUUUUUACCAUGCCAGAUACUGCAUCGGAUGUUCUUUGCAAAUUACAUGGCAAAGAACUUUCAAAAAUUCUAAAAUCUCUUGGUCUCCCAGGACUAAAUGGAAAAAGUAAAAAGCGUCAAGUGGAUUUGCUGUUGAGGCACCACAGAGAUGGGAAGGAGUGGAAAAUAUUGUCUCCUGAGAAGGUACAGUAUGCUAAAUAA